AACUACAUCCUACGGGCCUCGUACUUGGCCUUAUCCUUCUCUGGGUAUAUAUAAGGAGACGGCUUUGGAGCCAUAAGUCAAUGCAGCAAUACCAUCUCUCCACCGAGACUUUAGAUCCUCGAAUGUCGUCGAUUCAAGGCCAACUUCUUGAGGUCACAGUUGUCGGGUGCAACAAGUUGAAGGAUACCGAGUGGAUUUCGAGGCAGGAUCCCUACGUCUGUGUGGAAUAUGGCAGCUCCAAGUUUCGCACCAGGACUUGCACUGACGGUGGUAAAAACCCCACAUUUCAAGAGAAGUUUGUGUUCACGCUCAUUGAAGGGCUUAGGGAGUUGAAUGUCGCGGUGUGGAACAGCAAUACCGUCACUUUUGAUGACUUCAUCGGCAGUGGAAAGAUUCAGCUCCAAAAGGUUCUUUCUCAGGGCUUUGAUGACACCGCCUGGCCUCUUCAGACAAAAACGGGCAGAUAUGCUGGAGAAGCACGCUUGAUAUUACAUUACGCAAAUGCAAUAAAACAGGGAAUGAGCAGUGCACCAUCUGCACCCCCAUAUGUUUCUUCGGCUCCUCAGGUGCCUUUGUAUGCACCUCCUCUCCCAUCAGCUCCUCCUUACGGUGCACCCGCCGCAGCGUACCCUGCCACAGCUCCUGCAUACCCAUCAUAUCCACCGAUUCUAAUGGCAUACCCAUCGCAUCCACCAAAUCCAGCUGCAUACCCACCUCCACCGCAUUUUUCCCCUCCGCCAUCAGCCUAUCCUCAUCCAGCAUACCCUCCUCCUUCGGCUUAUCCUCCGCCUCCAUAUCCACCACCUCCCGGCCCUCCAGGUCCUUAUCCAGGGCAUUAUCCUCCACCACCUUACUGAGAGACAGCUUCUGCUAGAAGAAAUGUCGAAGGUUCUGCUGGAAGCUGCCGUUGUAUUAUAUGUAGAACUUGUAAUUACAUUAUCUACCACCGGAAAGUUAUCUUCAUUUGACCUCGAAACUUUUCUUUUCGUUUUCUUUUUUGAUUGUGGCUUAUCAAGAAGUGUUUGGAUAGCAAAUUACUAGACCGUCGUGUUUCAUACCAGUUCCAUCCCUUUAUUGCAAGUAAAGUCUAUCAACCUAAAAA